CGAAUCCCUGCUUCUUUUUAUUUCAUUUUUUUAUUACUUCUCUUUUAGUCCCUCUAAAGUCUCAACGCAGACCAUGGUGGAGAAUAAUCUCUUCGAGGAUAUUUUCAGAGUAGAAAAACUAAACCCCGAUGACAAAAAAUUAUUCGAUAAAGUUACUCGAAUUGAAGCAAGAAGUGAAAAGUUUGACAUGUUUAUGCACCUUGAUAUCAAUUCUGAGAUAUAUCCAUUAAAGGUUGGUCAGAAGUUCACCCUUGUGCUGGUUUCAUCUCUUAAUCCUGAUGGAACACCAGACACUGGCUAUUAUACACAGAUCAAUCGACAAUCACUGGCCAACAAUUUUGAAUAUGUCAUGUAUGGGAAGCUCUACAGGAUAACAGAGGCUUCUGGGCGUGAAAAGGCGGAGCUAAAUAUUUCAUUUGGUGGGCUUCUGAUGCUGCUGAAGGGAGAUACCUCUCAUUGCAACAAAUUUGAGCUUGAUCAGAGGUUGUAUCUUCUUAUAAGGAAAGUCUGAAAAUUGUAUUUAAAAGAAUGGAGGAUGUGAAUCCUUGUUGUGGCAAAAGCACAGCAGCUACUUCCAACUUAAAAAGAAACGAGCAUCUCUACUAUGAGUCUCAAAUUUACUAUUUAGGUGUUAUAACAAAUUGUAUUGGUUCAUGUUGACGAGAGUUUUAAAAUUAAGACUUGCUACUUGUAUAAGACUUUAGAUUUUAAAAAUUAAAAAAAAAUAUGAUUCUUAUUAGACUUUAAAAAUGUUUUAAAAGUAGUGUAACAUUAUGAGAGACUUGAAAGUAAAAUAAUAUUUCAUGUUAAUGUUUUAUAGGAUUUUUGUA